CAGGUUAAUUGGUCUCUCUAAAUUCUCCCUAGGUGUGAGUGUGUGUGUGCGUGGUUGUUGGUCCUGUCUGUCUCUGUAUUGCCCUGUGACAGACUGGCGACCUGUCCAGGCGACCUGAACCCUGCCUCUCGCCCAGAGCAUUUGAUACGGGUUACUAUUUGGUUAAAGAAGUGCAACACAAUUCUCUGUAACCUUCUUAUUAUGUGACUGUACAAUAUAUUUUAAUUGGCGACUGACACUGAAUUUGAGGUUUUCCUGAGCUGUAUGCCAUAAUCAUCACAAAUACAAAAAAAGAAGGUGUGGUGUUUUUCAUCUUUAUGUAAUAUGCGAAUGUCUGUAAUAUUUGAGUUUCCUUCCUGAAAUAAAUGACUAAUAUAUUUAACUUCAAGAUAUUCUAUUUUUUAUUCAAUAUACGGUAUAGCGAAUAAAAGAAGAAAAACCAUUUGCAUGCAGCGACUGUGGCAGAUGUUUCAGACUUAAGGAUGUUCUAAAAAGCCACAUGAUAACCCACUCAAAUGUAAAACCGUUUGUCUGUGGGGAUUGCGGCUCUAGUUUUACUUGGAAACAAAGUUUGCUCCUGCAUGUUAAAAUCCAUAUUGGGGAGAAUCAGUUGUCAUGUGAUAAAAAGUUUGUCCUUAAGAGUUGUCUUUUAAAACAUAUGCAGAUUCAUCAGAAAGAGGAGAAAGUGGUGACCGGGAAGGGAAACUUUGCUUGUGAGGAAUGUGGAAGAAGGUUUGUCCAGAAGCGGUAUUUAAAAAGUCACAUGCUUAUGCACACAGGAGAGAAACCGUUUAGUUGCGAUCUGUGUUUGAAGUUGUUUACACGGGCGGAAAAUCUGAGGAAUCACAAACUGAGGAUUCACGGUAGACAGAGAUUUCAUACAGAGAAUUCAUUUGGAAAGACUUUCUGUACAAAUGCCACAGCAGUACAAAUUAUUUUGCUUCCCUUUGAUCAGGAUUAGCUUGAACAUUUUGAGUUUGACAUGAUGUCUUUGCUUCAUCGUAAGUAGAGCAGUGUCUGGUAUUAGCAAAUAAUGGGGAGCCUCUGCCCCGUGAUAAAAUUAUUUCAGCAACUCACUGAAGGUGAGUCAUGAUGUGGAUUUUAAGUUUAUUUUCUUUAUUUAUAUUAUGUACUACUACUAUUUUUAACAAGUACAGAAAUAAUGAAUUAAUUCUUUCAGUAAGGUGUAUGAAGCACAAAAUAUUUUAAAAAAUGUAAAUGAACUGCCUUAUUUUUUACAUUUAUUUUAUGUCAAACUUCUUUUGACAUAUAAAAAAGUGUCAAGACCUCUAUUUCUUGUACUAAAUGGAGGCCAUGGUCAGUAAAGCGUCUGGCUGCCAUGAUAUGAUAGUGGAUACCAGAGGAGUUGAUAUUUUCACUGAUAGUAACAGUAGAGCAUCUUAGGCCUCUAGGCUCAUUUAUUGAAAAAAAGAACUGAGGUCAUACACAUGAGAAAUCACAGCUUCGUUAGCAGUCUCUUUUUGUGGUUUACCCUUCUUAUGGAUGGUUUCAGUGUUUGCUUUUCUGAACAUCUGUUCAGUCAGAAGUCUUGAUUGUGUAGUUCACUGAAUCUAGGAAUCUAGAUAAUAAAAGUUUCACUUUUUGAAAAGACAGGAAAAAAAUUCAACUUUGUCAAGGUAUUUUUUUAUUUUAUUUUUUAGAUUUAGCUGUACAUAUGUAUAUCUCCGUUUUCAGUCCAGUCCCGUUUAAUAUCAGAAUGUUGUAGGAUCCUAUUAUGUCCAUCAGAUGGCAGCAGUGAGACACAAGGCAGCGUGUGGCUGUGAAGAUGCCUGAUCAAAAUCCUUCUAUGGUCCAUAACGUGAAUCACAACACAAAACCGGAAAACUACAUACUAAUUGCUCUAACAUCAAGUAUAUCCAAAUUUAUGGAAAGAUUAUUAGUAAUAGAUUAAUCAUAGAUUUUGAAAGGAGAUAAAUACUAAUGAUCUAACAUUAAUGUAUUUAGAGCACGUGUGUGUUUACAAGCACAUUUGAGUAAAAUGAAAUGAAAGUGCAGAUAAGACACAAAGAAGGAAAGUCAAAAUACCAUCUGCAGCUUCAGAGUAAAAACAAGGAAAUCAGAGGGAAAACGUGUCACAAAAUCCAAUGAAAUAAUUGGAAAUAAGGUGGGAUGAAAACAAAAAGAUUUUAUAAAAUCCAAAAGGCAGUAGGUGAAAUGAGAACUGUGAGAAGAAAUACAAAGGAUAAAAGGUUAAUAAGAUUAAUACUUGAAUAUACAGGAUUUAAUACUAUAUUUUUAAAAUAUAAACGCAUAACACAGGGAAUGAAAUAUAUGUGGAAUGGAAGAAACCAUAGAACAUGUUAUAUUAGACUGUCAUAAAGAUUUAUAAAGACAGAGUUUGAAAAAAUAAAACUUUUAGUGUAAUAGUAAUACUAAAGAAGAACGUGUCUUUUUCAUAAUUUGCUUGUUAAAGAAACCAACAUCGACUAUUGGAAUUUGAUUACAUAUAACUUUUUGUUUUUAUGUGUACAUUUUACCAUGAAGAACCACACUCCACACCAGUGGGUGGCGGUAAGGCCCAAUUUAAGUAUUCUUGCCAUCCACAUGAAGAACAAUUUGAAUCUACCGGAUUGUAAGCUUUUCGAUUCACGGUGUGUUCUCCAGUAAAGCCAGAGCAUUAGCAUGAAGAUUACGACGGAAAGUUGCUCAUCUGGAGAACAACGCAGCAUCGUUGACUCCGUGAAGGAAGAGAGUGAAGUUCAUGUGUUUCCUACAGAAGAGCAGCAGCUGCUGGUGGUGGUUAAAGAAGAGGUUCCUGAUGUGAGCGGUUCCAGUUUGGACCAGCAGAACCUCACAUGUUCCCAGGUGAAGAAGGAAGAAGAGGAACAGUGGAUCAGUCAGGAGGAAGAGCAGCUUACUGUGAAGAAUGAAGACGAAGAAAAACCUCAAUUGUCAGAAGUUCAUCUCUUCAAAAGUGAAGACAGCAGAGAGACAGAAGCUUCAACCAGCAGCUCAGCUGAACAGAUGAAAACAGAAUCUGAUGGAGAGAUCAGUGGAGGAACAGAACCUAACAGAGAGCCGGGUCCAAAUACUAAUUUACAGCCAAAUAUUGAAGAAAGGCAUUCAGCCUCUUCUGAGACUGAAGUCAGUGAAGAGAGUGAAGAUAAAAAUAUAUCAGGUUCUGGAUCUGAAAAUGAAGACAGUGAUGAAGAUUGGAAGGAACCCAGAACACGUCAGUCUGGUGUAAACAACAAAGUGGGACAUAUAGCUGCCAAGAAAACCUUCAGCUGCCCUGACUGUGGUAAAGAGUUUGUGAGGAAGCAGAUGUUCCAGAAACAUAUGGCAGGUCAUUCAGGAGAAAAGUCUUCCAGCUGUUCGGUUGAGAAGAAUCACUCUAGAAGGAAGCGGAAUGGGGAUUCACAGACGAGACUUGAACCAGAAAGGAAAUCCUUCUCUUGUGACGAUUGUGGUAAAAUAUUUCAGAGGCAAGCUGCUCUUAAAUCUCACAUGAGAAUCCAUCAUGGUAAAAAAUUAGUUGUUUGUAAAGAUUGUGGUAAAAGCUUUCGCUCUCAGGAUGAAUUAAAAAAUCACUGGAGACUCCACACUGGAGAAAAACCUUUUGCCUGUGAUAAAUGUGGCAAUAGGUUUAGCCAUAAGCAUAUCCUUAAAAGUCACAUGGUAUGCCACAGUGAAGAAAAACCAUUUGCCUGUGAUAAAUGUGGCAAAACAUUUAGACAGAAGUUUGCUCUUCAAAGUCACAUGGUAUGCCACAGUGAAGAAAAACCAUUUGCCUGUGAUCAGUGUGAUAAAAGGUUUAGCCGGAAGACAUCCCUUAAAAUUCACAUGACCAUCCAUAAGGGAGAAAAACCAUUUGCAUGCAGCGACUGCGGCAAAUGCUACAGAGUUGCAGGUGAACUAAAAAGCCACAUAGUAACCCACUUGGAUCUAAAACCAUUCAUUUGUGGGUAUUGUGGUGGCAGAUUUACUCGCAAAGCAAGUCUGCGCCUGCAUGUUAGACACCACACUGGGGAGAAUCUGCUGCCAUGUGAUAAAUGUGAUAAAAAGUUUGCUCGAAAGUCUGACCUUCUGAAACAUAUGCAAUUUCAUGCAAAAGUGGAGAAUGUGUGGUCUGGAAAAGGUUGCUUUGCUUGUGAAGAAUGUGGAAGAAUGUUUGUCCAGAAGCGUCAUGUUGAAAGACAUAUGGUUAUUCACAUGGGAAAGGAUCAAUUUAGAUGCAAUAUUUGUUUGAAGACGUUUACUAGAGCUGAGAAUCUGAAGAAUCACAAACGGAGAAAACACAGUGAAUAGAGAUUUCAGUUCAUUUGGGAAGAUUUUCUACGACAAUGCCACCGCAGCUUACAUUUUCAGGUUUCCCCCAGUGUACUAUAGGCCUGGCGGCCCGCCAUGCUUUAC